GGAACAUGUGUUGAGAGUCUCAUAGAUUUUUUAUCUGCACUGAUCUGAGGAAGUACCCCUGCAAAGCUUCUUCUGCAAUACAAAAUGAUUGGCAUCUUGUUUCUCAUCAUCCACACGUGUGCAUACCUGGUGCAUGCUGGAGGGUCAGGAAGUGCGGAGGCUGCAGCAGCUGUGAACCCAGGAAUGAUGAAUGCUGGGGUGGGGGCAGAAGCAGCUAACCCAGGCGGCCUCAAUAACCUGCUUUUAAAUGGACAAGCCCAGCUGGCUCAGCUGGUGCCUGUUCCUUCGACAUUUUUCGUCCAGCAACCUGGCCUCCCCAUUGGCCAGGUCGGAGUUCCUGCGGGGUCCAACAUGGCCCUGCAGCAGGGUGCAAAUACACAGCUAUUUGCAAUUGUACCAGUAAAUAAUGUCGGAGGUCAACAGAUCCCAGGGUUGCAGGUUCCAGGCCUACCUAUGUUCAACCAGGCACAGCAGUUUCAGAUUGUGCCCGUGGGUGGGAGAAACAUGAUGUUGCCGGGGAUGGGGGCUCAGACUGCUUUGGGACAUAAUGGACACAAUGUGAAGCGUUCAGUACCUGAAGAGCCAACCCCAGAAACUGCACCCUCAGAGAUGCAGGAAAUAUCCACUGUUUCAACAACGCCAUCAUCUCUUGCUGAGGCUUUAAAGCUUCCUCUUUUUCCGUUCAAAGUGAAUCCAGCAGACCCCGAGUGCUCAGAGGAUGAACCUGCUGUGCCUGAGACUGAGAAAGUGACCAUGGAAGAAUCUUCUGGUUUGGGUGAAAUUUCAUGGAGUGAAAUGACCCCCAUUGCCUGAGGUCAUUGGACAGGGCCCAGGAAAGCAAUACAUAAUGCACAGUCAUACAUAGAAGUAAUGUGCUAACAGGUUGAAUGAUCUAGAGACUGGAACACAGGCAGCUUAUUAUUUACAUUCAAGCAAAUUGUUAGUCUUCAUCUAAAGUCUUGUUUUCAGCUUUGGAUAAAUAUGAGGCUUUUUCAUAGAACUGUUCAUGUUUUUAUUUCAUAUUGUAUCAUGCGUAUAUGUUGUAUUUAAAUGUAUCUGCAAAAUAAAUGAAAA